AAAAGAAAAGGUUCCUUUCCGGCUUUUGGAAGUGUAAUGUGUCUAUAUAAUGCAUACUGUUGUCAUGGGUUCAGCUUACAAUAGCAGAAUUACAUGUAACUGGAGGAAGGACUUGAUAGUUCCAUAAGACAGGAUUUCCAAAGGAAGAAGCUAAACCCAAUUACUCUGUCCAAGGACAUCGUUCCAGAAUCUUCAUCAAUUUGCCGUUGCCAUGGUAUCGUAAACACAAGACACAAGGAGGGAAGGAGGAGUCUGAUUUUAGCUUUCUCAUUGGAGAUUGGGGGUGGUCAGAAUGCCAGCCAUGCUGUCCCAUCAAUCUUAAGUAUUUCUGUGAUGAGAAGGUGUCGGAACAUGAAGCGUUUGCGAGCCAUUCCCACACAUCCUCAAUAGAAAUCAACCAUGCUUGGUGUCCGUGACACAGAAAAAGCAAGCACUUUUGGUGGGUAACAAAGAGCGGGAACAAAUAAAGGUCGCGGCAGAUAGCAAUCAAUGCUUUGAUUGCUGUCCAGAAAAACGGAAUAUCAAAUCAAGAAUCUUAUCAAAACAGGGCUGCCAUCUAAAGAAAGUUCCAAAGGCAAACCACAACUCAUUUCGGAAGGAGGUCAAAGAACAGGACUGAUAGAUGUAUGGAUGGGUCGCGAAAUGAUUAUGGGGAUGUAAUUGUGUGGUUUCAUCGGAAAAUGGGUUACUUUUGUGCUUUUCUGUGAACUCUGCAGAGGGAUUUGAGCGAUAAGAGCUUGAUAAUAGCUUUGGAUUAAUUGCAAAGUGAUCUGGGAAGCGCCCGGUGGACAUUGAAUGAACAUGUGCUGCAAUUAAUCUUGCUUUCUACAACGAACGGAUGGUCUGCCUGGGCAGGAUAUCAUUUCGUGUGAUUAAAUUGCGGUGGAACAGAGGAGCAUUGUGCCGAAAAUAACGCUGGAAAGUCUCAUUUUAGAAACUCCCAUGAAUAAUGGAUGGUGUAGACUCUCUUCUUUCAAGGAACAUUACACACUUCAUUGAAGAGGACCGCUGAAGAGUACACACCACUACAUCUGCAAAUAUUCUCUAGGAUUUAUAGAAUGCAGUGACUUUCGAUACUCCAGAACUCUUCAGAUCUUCACUGCCCGUGCAUUCUAAAGGGAAAAACAACACUCGCCAACUAGAAAAAUCGCCGUCAUUUGAAAUUGUUGAUAAAAUAUAUUCUUUCCAAAUCGCACAUUUGACUACAUAUCGGAUCCCAAUUUAGGACAGUAAACACAAGUAAAUUCUUCAGGUGAUGUUUAAUCAAUAGCAUCAUUCUAUACAAGUACAGCUUGAUGUCUUUGCAACAUUAGUCUACAAUGACUACAGAGUUAUUAAAGCAAACUGCAGGACAAGUACAUUUUAAUUCUUCUUUCUUUGCAUUCAUGUGUUAUUGAAGAAACGUAUCAAAGGAAUACAUCGCCUAACAACAUGGCUUCGUGGAUAAAGGAUCAAAUUACCCGCAGCGGAGUCAAAACUCGCACGCAGCCAUCAAGAAACAUUUUCAAACCCGGGAACACAACUUCGGUUAUUUUCUCGAAAGGGCUCCUCAAUGCACCCGGGGAUAACAACUGUUUUCUGAACAGUGCUGUGCAGGUCUUAUGGCAUCUUGAUGUUUUCAGAAGGAGCUUCAGAGAGAUGAGCGGUCAUGCUUGUAUGGGGAAAGCAUGUAUUUUCUGUGCACUGAAGACUUUAUUCACCCAGCUGCGGCACAGUGAAGAAACCGUAUUACCUCCUGAUGCUCUCCGUACUGCUCUUGCCAGCGCUUUCAAGGACCAGCUACGCUUUCAGCUGGGAUGCAUGGAUGACGCUGCUGAAUGCUUCGAAAACAUCCUAGUGCGUAUUCAUAUUCAUCUCGCCCACAAUAUCAAGGAAGAUCUCUGUGAUGCUAAACAUUGCAUACCCCAUCGCAAGUUUGCUAUGACACUCAUUGAACAUAGUGUUUGCAAAUGUGGUGCUACAUCAGAGCCAUUCCCGUUCACUCAAAUGGUUCAUUAUGUAUCCAGUACAGCUCUAUGUGCUGAAGCUAACAAGAUGAGACAAGACAGAAGAUGGCCAAACACAGAUCAUUUUGGAGUUCUUCUGAGGAAAGCAGGUGCCAUAGGUGAUGUCAGGGACUGUCCUAGUUCAUGUGGACUGAAGAUACAUAUCAGAAGAAUACUCAUGAAUUGUCCUGACGUUGUGAGUAUUGGAUUGAUCUGGGAUUCCGACAAGCCCGAUGUUGAGCAUAUAUCAGAUGUCAUCUGUAAUCUGGGUACUACUAUUCAACUCAGAGAGCUAUUUGAUGACACGGUGGAUGACAGAGCCAAGGCCAACAGUCUGUUCCUAGUUGGUAUUGUAACCUACUAUGGCAGACACUACACCACAUUCUUCUACAACACUAACUUAAGAUACUGGGUCUACUUUGAUGAUGCAGUGGUAAAGCAGGUUGGUCAUAAUUGGUCAGAUGUUGUGGACCGAUGUCGGAGAGGUCAUUUUCAGCCUCUUUUGCUCCUCUAUGCUUACCCAGAUGGUAAAGCUGUGUCGACAGCCACAGCCCCAAAGUUCACAACCAUGCUCAAAGGCUAUGACAAAGAUGACAAGGAAAAUGAAGGGCCACUUGUCCACCCAAACAAAAUGGAAGAUUCUCUGUUACGCAAGGUCCUCGCCGAGCCUGAAGAACGCAUCCCAAUCCACCACUACCAUGGUAACAGUAACAGCAGCACCAUGAGUGGACAGAGUGCAAGCUCCAACGAUUCCCAGAAUACGUUGGUCUACAAGCCAGUAGGGACUGUCCCUGAGUUCCAGGCAUCUUCAGAGACAAAGCCACCCCCAAGGGUUGACUCUGGAAGAGAUGUCAGGAAAAACGAAGCCGUCUGGGAGAUCAAUGAUGAUGGAUCUGUAGCCAAUGCAACCAGAGCUAGUUGGAUUCCGAAUUCUGUCAUUGAGAUUGGGCAUGAGGCAUUGAACUACGUUCCGAUGAAGAAGCCCGGUGAAGGAAGCUAUGCCAUAUCUCAGUUUGCCUUACAAGGACAUGAUGAUCAUGUGGACAAAGGAAGUAGUUCUAAGACAAUGCCUAGAUCUCAGAACCAGCCUGAGAGGCCAUCCUCUGCCAAGGAUUCAUCCUAUGGUCAGCGAAUCCAAGUGCCGAUGUCUCCGCAGCAGAGUAAAAGACCAUCUUCAGCACAGUCUAAGAUUAGUAGACAGUCAGUAAGGCAGGUUUCCACUUCCGUUGUGAGUACAAGUGAAUCAGCGCCACAAAGGACAGACAUGGCAUCCCAAAAUGGAGCCAAGUAUAAUGCCAGGACAGGAAUGAUCACUGAUAAUAAAGAGGCUCAGUCUCCUCAACAUGUGCCUCAGCCUAGCCUCACCUUCGAGCCUUUUGGUAACUUUGCAACUGAAGUCGAAUGUGAACCUGUAGCCCAGGUAAAUGAAAGACUGAAUGUCAAACCCCUGAAGGAAUUUGGUGUGAGACAAAGACCUCAAGACACUCCUACAAAUCAGACAAAUGUUCUAAAUUCGAAUCAGCAAAACCCAAAGACAAAUGUCUUUAGGCAGGGAUCUUGGAGUAGUGGUACCAGUGGACAAUAUUCUGGAGAUUCUUUCCAGAGACCUUCCUCGUCUGAGAAUAAUCAAUCUGUGCAAAGAACAAGUUCUUUAUCUAUCAAACCUCUUGAGAGAUAUCAAGCAUCUCAUAGUAGUAACCCUGAUUUGAAAUCUGAUGCUAAUGAUUUACGAGGAUCGAAUUCAAAUCCAAGCUAUAAUAGUUCUAACGGUGGACAGUUUCCCAAGUAUUCAAGUGUACCAGACCUGCAACGACAGAGUCCUCAAGAUGAUAGAACAGGAAAACAUUAUUCAAGUUCAGACCUUCUUGCAGGAUCAAGGUCUAUGAAGCGUUCUCCUUCAUUAGACCAACCUGUAUCUCCAGGAGGUAUACUGGAUGUUGCAAUUCGCAAUCGUGAACCAACCGUAACACCAAAUCACCAACAGACUGAUGGGCGUCACAUACCACUUAUGAGGUCAUCGUCCGUGACUCGAAAUUCCGAUGAGAAACAAGCUAGGGCAAAGCUCAAUAUACAGAAUGGGUUCUUGACCCUACCUGGAAAGAAACGAGCGAAUCAGUUCCGAGCGAGUAACAAGCAGAGUUUGGUGAGUGGUGGCAGCGGUGGGAUGGGGUACAAUCCUGGACAGCAAAGAGAUGCAAUGUACCAUCAACCCAAUGCCGAAGUCAGGUCACAAGGUACAUCGCACAACGAAGGACUCACCAUGAGACAGACUCCUGAGGUGCAUGUCAGCAAAGGUUUGGACAUUGACUCAAUCGCAAGCAGAGACUCAGGUUACAGGAGUCGAGACAGAUCAAGUGCAAGUUCUGGUAGUGUCUAUUCCCUAGAUGGGCACUCAUCUGAUACUGCACCAUCAAGCGGAAUAGCCCCAACGUCCACUGAUAAAGAUUCCUCGCAGUAUGGACACAUACACCAAAGCUAUAUAAAGAGUCCUCAACCAUCCACGCAUCCGACUGGGAACAGAAGUAACGCCCAAAGAUCAAAGACACCUACAGCGCAACUUGGUCAACACUUUGCACCUGCAGCUGACAAAUUGGAAUCGGGAACUCCAUUACAGCUUCAGAGAACUGAGGAUGUAGUCAUUGACCUCAUGAAAGGUGUUGAAGAACAGUUAGGCUCAUCCAUCAAGGCAGAAGAAGGAGGGGAUUUGGCGAUAGCACUCGGUCUGUGCACAGCAGCUGCCUCAACACUGAAGAUUGCGUUGCGUUUGGAUGGCUUGAAUGAGCAGACCAAACUCUUCCUUCAGACCAAGUACAACACGACAGUGCUGAAAUCUCGAGGGUUACAUCGUAGGUUGACCUUGUUAAGGAGAUCACAGGAGGAUAAGAAUACUGUCAAUACUCCACCUCCACCCCCACAGCCUGACUAUCCAAGAGCCCAACCUAUGCAGAGAAGAGACAGCAGGGAAGACAUGCGGCGGCAAGAGCAGGAAUCCAUGAAACAGAUAGAACUGUUGAAGAAGCGAGUGGAAGACCUAUCACAAGUUCAGGAUACCAGCAGACUGUAUGGCCAGAAGAGUUCUACUGAACAGACGGAUUCUUUAAGGAAUGGCUAUCAACCUCAGCAGUAUCGGAGUGUUCCCUCCUCACCUUCCCUGCAACGGAAUAGACCCAGUGGUAACCAGAACAUGCAGUAUGGAUCAGCUACUAGUACGGCAUCAGGUUCUUCUGUGGGACAUGGUCAUGGUCGGAUCAACCAGGACCCUUCUAGUGGACAGGGUCGGGUACCUCAGGGACAUGGUGCCUCACAGGGAUCCUCAGUAGGUUCAUCAGGGCACCACGUAGCAUCCGCUUCACCUUCUAUCCACAAAGACUGGGCACAAUCCCAGAUUGGCUAUCCAUCAGGUUAUGCCACUGUGGGACGAAGUGCCACACCCCUGGGUUUUUCGUCGACAAUGCGGCAAGCGGAGACCGGUGGUACGCGGUACCGGUCACAGACACCCACUCCCUACCUUGGCUCUGCAAAACCCUCAACCGGCUAUUCGGAACAUCACUUGAAUACCGCAGGAAAUCGUAAUAACAAUGCCAUUAACCAACAGACUGGGAGAGGCUUCCAGAACACACCAAGUGAGGUGCAACCAAGGAUCUACAACCAAGAUUGGGUCAGGAGAGAGCAGCCGAGGCCUGGAUACCACGACGUUCAUCAAGUAUAACAGUGCUAUACCCCAGCAGGGAAGUAUGAGCGGAGCCAGUGCGUACCACAAGCAUCGUAUGGGAGAUAACCUGAUUGACCUGUCUUGAAGGGCCCAGCCACUGACAAAUCAUGGGGAAAUUGAAUCAAUACGAAAUUUGCAAAAGGCCAGUUGACUUGCAUGAUAUAAUUCGUCCGUCAUGAGCGCCCGUUGGACUAAUGCGAUAAAAAUUCAGACAGCACGAAUUUGACCGAACUUGUGAUGGUUAUUCACUUCGGAUCAUCGCAGUUCCAACAAUCCCAAUUCCUAGACUCAUAGCAGGUCUCUUGAUUGCUAAACCAAAAUAAAUAACCUCUGUAAAGUUACAUGUUUCAAAGUAAAAACACACAGUUUACUUCUGGUUGGUUAGUAUACGAACUAUUGCUCUCCUAUCGACCUCCCAGACAUGCCGGCGUCUAUUACAUAACACCCCCAGGCAUGCAGCCGAGUGAAAGACUUGAAUCCCUUCUCUGUUCUGAGAUUAGCCUUGAUUUCCCCAUGAUUUGUCAAGGAGGCGCGAUAGCUCAGUCGGUAGAGCGGGGGUUUCGGAGUCCGGUGACCCGAGAUCGAUUCCCAAGAGGUGCGCUAGUGCCCUUUGGUAAGGCAUUUAUCCUCAUUACCAGGUCCCUCGGAGAGGACCUUAAGCCGUUGGUCCCCUGGUUGCUUGCUCACAGGCAUUCGUGCUUUCUUAGCAGUCAGGUAAAAAACCUCGGUAUAAAAAAAAAAUAAAAAUGAAAGGUCGCUUUAAAGCUGAUCGUGGCAAGUCUUAAUGACUGUGAACCAGAAUGAUAAUCUCCAUCGAGGAUGUACAUAAUAUUAAAAGUUUCACACAUUUAAAGGGAAUGUCAGCUCUCUUUUAUAAUUCAUUUUUAUCAUAUCCAUUUGGAAGUAUUUCAUCAGAAAUUGUUCCACUUCAAAGAUUUUGCCCUUCAAAUGCCUUUGUAUAUGAUAUCUGACAAGAAAUACAGCCCAAAUGUUUAGGCUAUAUUGAGAUUCAUGCCAGAUAAGUCUUUGGUCCUGUAUAUUCAUUUCUGUGUUCAGUGCAACUGCAGUCAAUUGAAUGUUCCAAUCCUCACUUUGCUAUAAACGAGCAAUCAACUUUUUCACGUUCCAUAAUUAACCAUAUUAAAUGAAAUUGUAUGUGAACGGCCUUGAAAGUAAUUGUGUAGUUCAAGUUUAAGAUAUUUUGAGAAAUACCAAAGCAUCAAAAUAAAUUCCAGUUCGGUAAUAUAUUAGAUAUAUGGAAAAAUUAUAUUGUUAUAUUAGUAAUGUAUUCACAGUUUGUAUUUCAUAGCAUACUUUGCUAAUGUACAGAGAUACAGUAUAUGUCUGCAACUCUUAUUUUUUUAUACAAAAGAUUUAUAGUGAGUGUACAUGUGUGUAUAUACUGCGGUUAGUUGAUAAUUUAUGAAAAAAAUGGCUAAUAUAAUAUAAAAUGUAUAUGAAAGAAGAAAUAUUUAUUCUUUGUGAGACGGACAGUCUAAGAUGAAAACAUUGUUUUAGUGGAAAUAAUAGAUUUAAUCAAUCUGCUUCAAAUACAGCACCAUCAAAAGCUUUAUUUUUACAUCUGCUACAAAGGCCCGUAUUCUGAAGUCGGGUUUAACUUAAACUCAGGUUUAAAGUUGUGGUUUAAGUAUGGAGAGCCAAUUGUUACAUAAAUUACUAACAGUAGAGAUAUCAUACUUCAGCUCAUUUGGCUCUCAAAUCAUUCAUAAUUGUCUAGGAAGUAUGAAAAGAUUAUUGUCUUCACCAUCGAUGAAUCAGGAAAGAGCACAGUAAACAGAAGAAACAUACAACUUAAUUAAAAAAUUGAUACUUUUGGCUUCCCAUACUUAAACCACAACUUUAAACCUGAGUUUAAGUUAAACCCGACUUCAAAAUACGGGCGAAAGAGCUUAAUAGGCAAAGUUGACUGUACUUUUCUCCCCGAGUCACCCAAAGACAGAUGGCACUGACAUGUUUUUCCAGAAUUUGUUUGAAAAUGUACUUAAUUCCACUUGAAUAUGUAUCUUUGGAUUGUUUUUUAUCCACUGCAUGUCAUUAUUAGAGAUGCCACCCAUCCAUUUUUGCAGUAUUUUGUACAGGUUUUGUCAAAAAUCAUGGCAGUUUUCACUGGGGAAAAAAUUAUUUCGCAUAUCAUUACAUUAGACAUAUUGAUUGUAAUUAUUACAGCCUUUGUAGAAAUAUGAAUCUAUAUGCUUCUCACCUACUCUUAUGUUCUUGGAUUUCAAAAUAUUGCAGUGUUGUUUAUAUUCAUUUAAAAAAAACACGUCAAGGUCAAUCAUGUAAGAUAUAUUAUCAUCACUCUUGAAUAAGUUUAUGUGCAGUGUUUUCUGAUAUCUGUAUAGUUUUGUGUCUAAAUUCCUUUCUGAAAGUGCUGCCUUUAUGUUUUCAUAGUAGAAUGAAAUAGUUCAGCAUCUUGCCUUUCAUUUUUGUUGUCUAUCGCAGUUUGAUUUAUUAUCUGUUUUAAUCAAUCUGUAGGGUCUAGAUAAUGACUGGAUCUUCUUCUUUGUGAACCCCUUUCAUACAUGUAUACAAGUAUUAAGCCCCCAUCACACUUAUUCGGAAUCAGCAGGAAUCAAGCAGAAGCUGGAACGAAAAAAAUAUUCAAAAAAUCUAGAAAUUUUUGGGAGGAACUUAUGAAUUCACCAAACUGGAGUUGAAAUUCAGUAAAUUGACCAGG